GCUCCAAGGUUGAUGUUGUGUUGCUGACCAGUAUAAGAGAAACUCAUCUGUGUCCAGCUAAACCAUUGUUUCCACUGCUGAGAGGUGGUAGCAUUGAGGAUUUAACACCGCUGUAAUUGCCCCUCCUCACCAGUAGGUGGCAGUCUUCGAUUGUCUGGUUCCACUCGAGGAAUUGAAAGAGAAGAGCAACUUGUAAUCUGCUUGUAAUGGACAUGUUUGAAGAGGACACAGUGAAGAUACCAUUUGGGACAAAGUAUCUGGAUGCUGCCUUGCGUUUCCCUGCCUCAGUAAAAGAUGUUCACACAGCAGUGAUCCUCACACACGGAGCUGGUGGAGACAUGAACUUUAAACAUCUGCUUUCUCUGGCACAUGCCUUAGCUUCACGUGGCUUUCUCUGUCUCCGUUUCACAUGCAAAGCUUUGAACUUGGGUUAUAGAGUGAAGGCUUACCGUGCUGUGUGGGACUACUUGAGAUCUCUGCAGAAGUUUACAGUAAAGAACAUUUUUGUUGGAGGCAGGUCGAUGGGGAGCCGUGCUGCUGCAGCUUUAGCCAGGCAGCUGAGUGAUGAAUCGGAGGAUGCAGUGCAGGGUGUCAUCUGUCUGUCUUUCCCUCUGCACCCCCCGGGACAGACACAUGUCCAUCAACAAAGGAGUGAAGAUCUCAGGGGGCUACCUGAACACAUGCCUGUGCUGUGUGUGUCAGGCACUGAGGACAACAUGUGUGACAGGCUACUUUUUGAAGAGACUGUAAAAGAAAUGAAAUCUCAAGUUGAGAUUUUCUGGCUUGAAGGAGGCAGCCAUGGACUGACAGUGAAGGGAAGGUCGGAGGAUUCUGUACUGGAUGAAGUGAACCUGCAAGUCAUCACCUGGUUGAGUAAACAGGGAGCAUAGGUUAAUUUAGGUAACCAUAUUAUUUUAUUUUGUUCUGCUCUUUCUACUAGUUAAAUAAAGAAUAUAUAUUUUUACACAA